GGACGCCAUCGGAGAAGCCCGUGUGCGCUUACACCGGUGAGAAAUGUGGGCCGCAAAGCGGCGUGGCGAAUGCACACGCUGAUCAAUGCCCCCGUCCGUAAAUCGGUAAAGAAAAGUUCAAAAUUUCAAAGUCGACCACGCUAUCCCCUAUUGAUCUCAGCAAGGCAUUAACGCCUCUCGUGGUGUUCUCGCUGAAAGUAGAACCUGCAAUAACACUCUUCCACUGACCUAAUCGAAUUUUAAUAUACCGGCUCUGAAUCCUACAAAUCUCUAUGUCAUCUUCAACUCGAUCUAUAAUAUGAAUGUAACGCGGUCAGAGGCUCUCCUGAAUAGUGCACCACACGGAUCCAGUCGGUCAAAAAAAUGCGAGAUCCUUGACAAGAUGAUGUCCUGCAAGACUGAAGGUGGUGAUUCGACGUUCACUUUCUGAAACACUUGUCAAAGAAACUUAUCAAUGUGCCGUUCGCAACUAGUACUUUUUUCUGUCUUACUUUUCAAGCCCAUGGAACAUCUUGACCAGUCAGCGUGGAUUUCAUAUGAAAGUCCGUGAUCUUCAUUAUUCGUCGAUCAUUUACAGAGCAGUUGUUGUUUCUUUGAUCAUUCGGGCGAGCUUUUAUAAUUGCGGCCGAACAAUAAAGUUUAAUUGAUGACCCCUAUAAUUCGAAAGUCCAAAAUUUAUACUUUUCAUUGAUGAGCAUCAGAAGAUGGCUUCCUCGUCACCACCGCGAAAGAAGAAGCGGGCGCAAGCCGUCCAAACUUGUUUGCCGAUGGACCAACAAGGCAGAGGCCCACUAGUUAGUGGAAGUGCAGCAACCAUUGGCGCCUCGCAAGGUGCGGCAACCACUGUUUCUCUCUGCCAUGUCCCGGACGGAGUGCCACGGACACUUGCUGAAGAGAGAGCGCUUGAACGGACGAGCAAGCAGAAAAAGUUGGUUUUUUCUUAUGCCAUAGACGCGACAAAAGCGCCUUCCGACAGAAAUACCUACCGCCACCUCCGUCUACAAAAUGGCAUCCACGCUGUGCUUGUGUCAGUAGAUGAAACGGAGGGGGCUGAAGUGAAAGCGGCUUGUGCAGUGUCCGUUGGCGUAGGUCAAUUUGACGAUCCGCCGGAAGUUCAAGGUAUUCCAAGUUAAGAGUAAUUCUUGUGACGUAUGGUCGUGUCAAGUGAAUUUAGUGUUUUAGCUGAUGAACGAAACUGCGUGGCAGUAGUAGUUCGUCCUGCUUUUUAUUUAUCUCCUCACGUAUAAUCAUUGCUGAAAAUGUCAUGGUUGGUGAACAACAGCAAAGCCGAAAUAGAUUCAAUUGAUGUCCAAGAUUAUAGAACUCAUUAUCAUUGUCAAUGAUAGGUAUCGCCCAUUUUUGUGAGCACAUGCUUUUUAUGGGCAGCGAAAAAUAUCCUGGAGAAAACGAGCACGAACGCUUUCUGACGCAAAAUGGCGGAUAUUCUAACGCCUUCACGGAAGUGGAACAGACGACCUAUUAUUUCGAAUGCAACGGUAGUGCACUGGAAAAAGCAUGUGACAUCACUGCGAAUUUUUUUGUGAAGCCUUUAUUUAACCAAAACGCAGUGGAACGCGAAAUUCGUGCCAUAGAGCACGAAUUCCGAUUGACGCAGAACAGUGACACUUCCCGGAUAGAUCAGGUGUUUGCGCACCAGUGCACGGAAGGGCAUCUGUACAACAGCUUUGGGUUAUGAACAUGGGAAAUUUUUUGCUUCAUUAUUUUGUUGACGCACAGGAGCCUCCAGCUCCUUUUAUAGAUUGGAAGCGGAUGUUGCUUACUAAUUGCAUUCCUCCGCCGUUUUUGUUGUUAGUAUGUACUUCUCUUGUCGAUACGGAUACAAAAACAAAUUUCUUUUAGUAUUUACUUCCCUUGUCGAUACGGAUACUUUUAUCUAUCGAGUCCUGUCUUCCACCUCUAAUCCAUUGGGGCAACCUAGAAAGUUUACUAGAAGCACCAAAGCGUCGUGGAGUCGAUUUGCACAAAGCGGUCCGCGACUUCUAUGAGAAGAACUAUGCCACCAACAAAAUGCGCGUUUGCCUUGUCUCCACUCAAUCGCUGGACGAACUGGAAAAAAUUUUGGAGGCUACCUUCGGACAAAUACCAAUUAAAAAAAGCCAAGAUGAUGGGGAUAAGGAUGAUGUGGAAAAAAAGGCUGUGAGAGCUGCAGAGACAUCGCUGAUGAAAGCCAACCAAGAAAGUAGAAGUACUUCUAAGCUCCGAUGCUUUCCGCCAAUUGAAGACACGUCCUUACCAUUAUUCUUAAGACAGAAACCUGUCCAGGAUACCCACAAGCUUUACGUCAGUUGGGUAUUGCCUCCGACUAAACAGGUUUGCGACUACUCUAAGCCGUUAGAGGUCUUCGGCCAUUGUUUGGGACACGAAAGCAAGGGCAGCGUCCUCGAAUACCUGAAGACAAAACAUUUGGCGACGUCUCUGAGCGGAGGGCAAGGGUCCAGUGGGUUUGAGGACUCUACUAUUUGUACACUCUUCAACGUGGAAGUAGGCCUGACCAAGCGAGGGAUGCAGCAGUGGCCGGAAGUGGUAGAAGUAUUACUUGCUGCGAUGGAAAUGCUCAGGGGUGAACUGAGGAAAGUAUGUACGACGAGGACCUCAAACGGAGGUGGCCCUGCUAAUCGGGUCGUGAAUGGUGACGUUGCCUCCACGAGGAAAACCACAUCAAUGAAGAAGAUAAAAAGCAGCAAAGCGACAAAUUCAUCAGGCGAGGAACCUUCAAAGGACAAUACCCCUACCACAGACGACAAAACCCCCACCGCUGCGACGAACAAAUUAGCUCAGAUUUAUUCAGAAGCUCGAUUAUUGAACAAUCUGGAGUUUCAAUUUCAAGAAGAAGAGCGCGCUUCUGAGACUGCACAGAGACUUGUGGGCAUCAUGGCUCCCAAGAGUGGCGUCGAAGUUUGUGAUGUGCUUUCUGGUCCUUACUUUUACCAUGAAAAACCCGACUUCGAAUUGAUUCAAAGAUAUUGCGACUUGAUGACUGUGGAUCGACUAGUUCUAGGUAUUCUCAGUAGCAGCUACGGUCAAGCGGCGCGGAACGAGGAGGGAGACGAGGACAUGAGUGAUGGAGACGACGAUGGUAAGAGUGACGGUGAUGACGGAGGUGCGGGAGGUCGGGGUCCUCGGGAUAAAAAAGGUACUGGUGGGAAUGGUGGAAAAGCUAGGGAGGACGAUGGAGCCUCUAGUGGUUCGGAGGAUUCCGAAGGCUCUGAUGAUUCUUCCAGCAGUGGCCACGGUUCUUCCGGUGAAGAAGAUGAGGACCUCUUAUCCGGUGACGACGCUUCUCGAAUGACGCAAAAGACUGCUUCUUCGUAUCAGGCAACACAAUCAGUACAAUUAGAUCCGCUGUUCAACGCAAAAAAGGCGAAAUGGGAAGUGGAGCCUCAUUUUGGAACGGAGUUCGCCCGGUCUAAGAUCCCUGCAAACCUUCUGCGCACUUGGAAAGACACGAAGGGGCUGCGUGCGAAGUAUCUAGACACCAAGAAAAUAUAUUUUCCAGAUCGAAAUCCGUUCAUCCCCAGUGACUUUCGGCUGUUAAAAGAUUUGAAAGGUGGUCAUGGAAAGGUAGGUGUUGUAGCUCAAGAUGGAUCUCAUGCUGGACAGACAAAUGGAAAGGUUGUUGAUCAUGUCAACGGAAGUGCAGCAGCAACAUCAAACGGAAACGGUGCAGCUAUGAAUGGAAAUAAGCCCCCGGUGAUGAAACGUAGACGAGCAAGCGAAAAUGAAACAGAAUCUACUAGGGGACAAGUAAGUGCAAAAUCAGCAGAGUCCUUACUUCAGCCUUAUUUGCUACCGUUUGUCGAAUCAACUUUGCCGGAAAGUCGCAUUUUGCCUCCUUUGAAAAAUGCGAUUCAAGGAGAAGGACAUCAGAAUGGUUCAUCCUCUUCUUCUUUGCCGAAAAGUGAAAAGGAGCAAAUGCCGGAUGUGAGAUCCCAGUCUCACCACGUCCCCGUCCUUGUUGAAUAUUCCACCUUGCUUGUCCCCGACCGCCUUGUCCCAAGAUUUGAGAAAAAAGGGUCGAAAAAGCCGAUCUCCUGUGACCGCGCCACCUGUAUGACGCCAAUUUACCGAUUCUACACCUUUCCCAAGGACUUCGAGAUGCCUAAGACCCAGGUCUGUGUAAGAUUAUUCCCCUUGUACCAUGACGCCUUAGCGGCAGGCGACCAAGUUGCGCUCACCUGGCUGACACGUGCGUUGGAGGAUCGGCAAACAGACCUGGCUUACAUGGCAGACGUGGCACAGCUCCACUUUUCCUUAGCUCCCGCAGCAGAGGGAUUUCUCACACUACAACUGUGGGGAUUCACGCAGCAGUUGCCAUUGCUGUUUAGCGCGAUUCUACGAGACAUUUUUCAGUUUUGUGGAGAUUUUGGGAUAGUACCUGAUACUGGAGGUAGCGGUAGAGUCGGACAAGUUAGCAACGGAGGCAGUGCUGUGAAGACGGGAAGGAGGAACAGCUUAACAGAACAAGAAGUGCUGUCAGUAGAUAAGAGCUGGAGAAGCACAGCAGCAGAAAAACUUUAUGCGAAUGGACGCAUUGAAGUCAUUCGACAAAAGUUGUUGCGGAAGUUCAAGAACGCGAAUCUAGACGCGCAAGUGCAUGCCGAUCGAUUAAGACAAGAAAUUCUAGUCGCAAACUGUCAUGACAUGGAGUCUCAAGUGCGGUUCUUGGAUCCCAUCGAGGUGCCACCUGCCGCAAGAACGUCGCAGAAGAUGAAAACGACUGCGAUGAAAAAUGCUUCUGCAGCUAUGCAGAAGAGUGCGUCUUCUACUGCGAUGAAGACUGCUGGCUCUACUGCAGUAAUGAAAAAGGUCUCUGCUAUGAAAACCGCUGCUGCUGCGGCAAUGAAAACCGCAUCGGCCAUGAAGAGUGCGAAACAAGCAGACACAAGUGCAGCCUCGUCUUCGAAAUUCAACUUCGCUAAUGUGGAAACACGCUUGGGUGGCGGAAAAGAACAAGAAGAUCAUACUUCUUCUAAGAAUAACAACAGCGACAGCACUAAUGCAUUUGCCUCGCUAGAUGAAGAGGAACCACGGUUGCGAUCUACCUAUGAAGCCUUCGCAGAUUACGUUGGACGACUAUUUUCUCUCUUUAGGGUGGACGUUUUGGUGGAGGGCAAUCAAGAUGAAGCACUUUUGGAAACGAUUGCCAAAGAAGUGAAGCUGGUCACUGGAAUAGAUCAGCGUGAGCUUUCUGUUGCUGAAAAGGCAAAGUUCCAACCGACUGGAGAAAUGCUCUCAAGCUAUAAUAGAGAGGGACCGGAGAAAUACUCUUCAACAUCGUCAUCUUCUGGGGCCACCUCCCUGGUUCGCAUCGCACCUCAAGACCGCAAACCUGAGUACGACGAACGCACAGCCUACAUCUCUUUGUAUACAAGCUGUUGUCAGAAAAUAGACCGCAAACAUGCGAUUCUAUGCGUGCAAAAAAGCCACGAUGAUUCACAAAAGAACACUUGUGUGCAAAUCUACUUCCAGUUUGAGCGCACUACCGCCACUCUCGCCGCAGGGAACGAGCUUCUCGCAGAUCUGCUGUAUGAGCCGCUGUUUAACGAAUUACGAACGAAACAGCAACUAGGAUAUUCUGCAUCGUGCUGCAUUCGAGAUAGCUAUGGGGUGCAAGGGUUCUUGAUUUCGAUUGCCAGUAGCACUCACAGCGCAAGUGAGUUGGUGAAACGAACCUUCGAGUUCGUAAGAACCUUCGACAUCAAGAAGGAAAUUGGAGAAGAAUGUGUGGAAGAUGUAUUCAAAUAAUUGAUCAUCACGCCCUUUUACUUUUUAUCUGGCCCGAAGUGAGCAAUGACUUUACUCCGAAGUUAGUAAUGAAACGGGCAUUUAAGUAUUACCACCUUAGGUAGGAACAUUUGAUCGCUAGUUCUGCUCUGAGAUACGUGAGACUUCGAGACGAGUCAUCUUGUGAGACAGCGCCACCCUUGUGAGCCCUAGAAAACUACAUUCAUUCCCAUUUGAUAACAAAUACUUCACAAUCCCCUUCAGGUCCGCAAAAACACCGCAAAGAAACUUCUCGAGCCCAAUCGCAAUAUGACGGAUCUGGCGGCACAACAUUGGUACGCACUUACGGAGACGCGCUCGCCUCGUUGGCAAUAUGACCGAGAGCUAGCGGAUGGGUUGAAAAGAGCGGACGUCUACCAGUUGUGGGAUGCCGUGAAGAAGUUAUGUUGAUUUAGAAGGUGUACUAGUCGAAUGCUUUUUUUCAGAGUCGUAUGCAAAGGGAGAAACAGCGUAUUGGCACUAUUUCUCUUUAAAGUUCAAUGACGAGGUCAACAAUAAAACUAAUGGUUGUUCCUUUUUUACUAAGAGUAGAAAAUUGGCUAGAAAAGCAACGACGAAUGCAGGAUUUCCACAACAGCCCCUUCCACCUCCCCUGUAGUACGUAUAACUCCACCCCCACCUUACUUCCCGGGUCAGAUGCUCUUUCAUGCUCUAGCGAAAAACGCAUCGUCACUGCGGUUCUUAGCGCUGCUACCGGAAAGAAGUUGAAGAAAAUCGAGGAGGAGAUUGUGAAAGAGCUAGGGAGUGGAGGCACGAAAGUGGAGAAGCACCGAGACAGCCGCAAAUUCUGGCAAUUGAAGAAGAGUAGAGACCCGGAUGCUUUCUACGUCUCGGACUUAAUGAGCCGUAAUGCCGAAUUUUAGAUGCAUUUGGAAUUCUGAAACAAACCCUUAUACAUAGAUACUUGAGUGGUUGCGGCGGAACAUGAGCCAAGGAUGCUCGUGUGCCGUACUAGAUUUUGCUUUCUGCUGGAGAAGAGUAGAGACCCGGAUGCUUUCUACUGGAAAAAAGUAGAGACCCGGAUGCAAUUGAAGAAGAGUAGAGACCCGGAUCACUAGAUUUGAUGUAAUAUUCAUAUCUGCUCCACCUUUGGUAUAUGCUGUUAGACCUAUGGAUUUUCGCUCUCACCUAUUUUUACGAUUUCACUACGACAACUGACAUUACCGACAUGAUGUCCUUCAUCAUUUUACCUAGCUUUUCGCUCAUACUUAUAUUUGAAUUCGCUUAAUUUCUGACUCUGAUUCGCUCUCGGUAGCGCCUUGGAAUCGAGGUGUCCUCCGUCUAUAUCAUUUAAUAUUGGAGGAGCAACAAAGCUUUCACGAGUGUCCAAAUAGAGAGAUGUGCCCGCGCUAAAGAAAGAUGGUUUCAAGCUGUGAAACUGUUUCCUAAGAGCUGUCUCUCUGUGUCCAAUUGUGUAUCCCGCGACCAUUUUCUAUAAGAGAACGAACAGAAAAAUUGCAAGAAAGCUAUUGGGAUAAUGUUCUAGCUGCCAGCAAAGAAACGACAUGUGG